UACUAGUGCCAGAGUCAAUACGUUGGUGCCUUUUGGGAUUAAGAGCAAAAGUACAUGCGAGUCGGAUCUAUAUCAUUUAGGACAGGGAUUUAGAGGUUCAUUGUGGAGGCAUUUUUAGUGAUUUUUGCAGCGUUUUAGUUGAAAAUAUGAACAUAUUUGUCGGGUGUAGUAAACUAUAAGGCGGGAAGAAGAGAGUGUGCUUUUUGAAUACUGCAUGUAUUCUUCCGCCACAAACAGGGAUUCCCGUGUAAUACACUGACUCUUGUGAAAGACAAAAUCACAACUUAAAAAGCCUCGUUUAUGCUUGGAAGUGCAGUGCUCAAGAGUUUGAGCAAAUUGCUGGCAGGAAAGUUUUCUCCAUCUAAUGCCAGUAUGAUGAGUCCAUUUGGCGAGUAAAAUUUAUUAGUAGCGCUGAUCGCUAUCACCAAGGCUACGUCAAACAAGAAGGAAACCUCACAGUAUUAAAGACAAAUCCACCAAGUCUGGACCUGUCCCAGACUCUAGACGCAUCAGCAACAACCACAGGGUCAGUAACACUUAUCUUAUGCACAGUUAUCACUGGGGACUAAAAUAACCUAUAUCUUCAUCGAAACCAAUUUUGAACCAGCAUAUAAAUAAUCCAAUCUACUUGAAAUAUCGCAAGGCUGGAAUUAGUUCAAAGUAAGACAGCUGCGCUGGUCAUUUUCUGCAGUAAUUAGACUAAACUGAACGGUCGUGUGUAAUAGUACUUGUGUAGUACCUACACUUAAAUCAUUUCGGAACCGAUCUUUAUUUUGUUACUACACAGAUUAGCGAGUACACCUUGUAUCUGAUUUCCUACAGGGCAGAGAGAAAAUUGAACAGUGUCUAGCAUAAAGUAAGUGGCUUUGCCUACUACUGCGGACAAGUUGGAAAUCUGGCUUUUUGACAGGUCAACCUAAUAGGCUCCUCUUUCAGCACCAUAACUGUGGACAGCUCCUAAGAGAAGUUGGAGUGUUGGUAUCUAGUUCAAGCGUUUCACUUUGGUCUUUUUACGUUUGGUCGGCAUCUUGUACAAACAAAUCAUAUGCCUUCAGUUUCAUUGUUACUUGAGCGAGGUAGGAAACAACACUCUGUGACUUGACGGUAUCUUUUGAAGAAGCAACCCGUUCUUAAGACAAUAAAGUAGAUGUCGUAAUAUCAGCGGAUGGGAAACCUAAGACCAAAUACAGAAACUGGAAGUGUUAUGUUGGGGACUAGACAACUUACCUAUUAGGUUAAGGAGCAGCUGUGGAUCAGACAGCCAGGCCUCUAUAGUGGAGAAAGACUCUUGGGGGGAUAUUUCUUUCAGAGGCUCUAAAGAAUUCUGAGAAACAGAAACAACCUCAGCUGAUAUUGAUCUGUGACAAUUUGGCACUGCCUUUAUUUAGAAGGAAUACCUUGUGGCAGGUGAAUGUAAUGGUACAACUUCCACUAUUGGGGGCUCCUAGUCAUUGUAUGUUUGACAGCACAAAAUGUUUCAUGGACUUCAAAGAUGUGAAAACUUUGUGUUUCUACACAUUUGGAAGGUGUCUAAGCCUUAGUGUCAUGUUAGAAUCUGCAUCAUACUUCAUAAAAUAUCAUCACACAGACUGGACUGUCUCAGCAAAAAACUCUGAUUAAACCAUCCAUUUAUCUGCAACUUUCUGACCUUCCAAGUACAGAGAGAUAGAUUUAUACAUACAUGCGGAUUCCUAAAAAAGUGACAAUGAUGUUUUUUCAAAGUCAGGGGAAUAUUUUUUGUUAGUUUUUCUCUGGUUGUGCUGUAGACAUUACACAGUCUUUUUAGACUUCCAGAGAAGCCUGUGAAGUAAGUUUGGCAGAAUGGCAGGUGUGUCUAGCACCUUCUGGUACUUAGUCCUACAGACCUGUUUUCAGAUGGCUGUGCUAAGCAGCAGUUACUCUGUUGCUGGAAAGGAGGAGGUCACAAUUGAUGGAGACUUGGUGAUCGGAGGACUGUUCCCGGUACAUGAAAAGGGUGACACAAUGGAAGAUUGUGGUAAAAUUAAUGAAUACAGAGGGAUCCAAAGACUUGAGGCUAUGCUUUAUGCUUUGGACGAGAUUAACAACGAUCCAAACCUCUUGCCUGGACUCCAACUUGGGACACACAUCCUGGACACUUGUUCAAAGGACACUUAUGCCUUGGAACAAUCCCUGGAAUUUGUUCGUGCCUCAUUGACCAAAGCAGAUGGCUCUGACUACAUCUGUCCGGAUGGCUCAUAUGCAAUCCAUGACGAUGUUCCCAUGGCAAUUGCAGGUGUUAUUGGAGGGUCCUACAGUGAUGUCUCUAUUCAGGUCGCCAAUUUACUUCGCCUUUUCCAGAUCCCUCAGAUCAGCUAUGCCUCCACCAGUGCUAAGCUUAGUGACAAGUCUCGGUAUGACUACUUUGCUCGAACCGUCCCACCAGACUUCUACCAGGCAAAAGCAAUGUCAGAGAUUCUGCGCUUCUUUAACUGGACCUAUGUUUCUACAGUAGCAUCUGAGGGUGAUUAUGGCGAAACAGGAAUUGAGGCAUUUGAGCAGGAGGCCCGGUCACGCAACAUAUGUAUCGCUACUUCUGAGAAAGUUGGUCGUUCCAUGAGCAAGAAGGGCUAUGAAGGAGUGAUAAAGGCAUUGAUGCUGAAACCUAAUGCAAAGGUCGCCAUCCUCUUCACAAGAAGUGAAGAUGCUCGGGAAUUACUAGCUGCCGCACAAAGACUUAAUGUUUCUUUAACCUGGGUGGCCAGUGAUGGCUGGGGUGCCUUAGAAAGUGUUGUACGAGGCAGUGAACAGGUAGCAGAUGGUGCAAUCACAAUUGAAUUAGCAGCUUAUCCCAUUAAAGAAUUCACAACAUAUUUCCGAGAACUGCACCCAUACAACAACACAAGAAAUCCAUGGUUCCGAGAAUUCUGGGAACAACGAUUUCAAUGCAGUUUACAAACAGCAGGCUGUGAUGCUUACUCACUGAAAACUGGGAAAUUUGAGCAGGAAUCAAAAAUCAUGUUUAUUGUGAAUGCUGUCUAUGCCAUGGCCAAGGCCCUUCACAACAUGCAUCAGACCCUGUGCCCAAAUACUACCAAACUCUGCGACAGAAUGAAGCCAGUGAAUGGAAAGAAACUUUACCAGGACUACAUCCUGAAAGUCAAGUUUGAUGCGCCAUUCAGGCCUGUAGACACCAACAGUAUUGUUCGAUUUGAUAAUUAUGGAGAUGGCAUCGGUCGUUACAACAUCUUUAACUUCCAGAAAGUAGAUGGAAGAUACAAAUACAGGAAGGUUGGAUACUGGGCUGAAGGUCUGACACUGAAUACUUCCUUGAUUCACUGGGCGAAGGACUUUCUUCCUACUUCCCAGUGUAGUGAUCCCUGCAAGAAAAAUGAAAUGAAGAAAAUGCAGCCAGGAGACGUCUGCUGCUGGCAUUGCACACCGUGUCAGGCCUACGACUACCUGCUUGAUGAAUUUACCUGCAUGGAUUGCGGAUUUGGAUUUUGGCCAAAUGAGAAUCUUACGGGCUGUUUUGAGCUGCCCCAAGAAUAUAUAAGGUGGGAAGAUGCCUGGGCUAUUGUUCCUGUCACUAUUUCCUGCCUAGGCAUUAUUGUCACUUCGUUUGUUAUUGUUGUCUUUAUAAAAAACAAUAAUACUCCUGUUGUAAAGGCGUCAGGACGAGAACUGUGCUAUAUCCUCCUAAGUGGAGUCCUAAUGUGCUAUAGUAUGACAUUCAUCUUUAUUGCCAAACCAUCUACUGAGGUUUGCACUCUCCGUCGCUUGGGACUGGGGACAUCUUUUGCUGUCUGCUACUCUGCACUCUUGACAAAGACUAAUCGAAUUGCCAGAAUAUUUAGUGGAGUCAAAGAUGGGGCUCAAAGGCCAAGAUUCAUCAGUCCCACCUCUCAGGUUGUCAUCUGUAUGGCCCUCAUCUCAUGUCAGCUUGUCAUUGUCAUUAUCUGGUUUACAGUGGAGACCCCUGGCACUCGCAAGGAGACUGCUCCUGAUAAAAGGGAGGUAGUUACCCUCAAGUGUAACAACCGAGAUUCCAGCAUGCUCAUCUCUUUAACCUACAAUGUUGUUCUGAUUGUUCUGUGCACCGUAUAUGCUUUCAAGACAAGAAAAUGCCCUGAAAACUUCAAUGAAGCAAAGUUUAUUGGCUUCACCAUGUACACAACCUGCAUUAUUUGGCUGGCCUUCCUUCCCAUCUUCUAUGUUACCUCUAGUGACUACAGGGUCCAGACAACAACGAUGUGCAUUUCAGUCAGUCUGAGUGGUUCGGUAGUACUGGGGUGUCUGUUUUCUCCUAAACUGCAUAUCAUUGUCUUCCAGCCCCAGAAGAAUGUCACCAGUCAUCGUGUUGCAACAAAUCGUUUCAGUGUGACUGCUGCAGGUUCUGGCUACUCCCAUGCAUCACAGCAUGUGCCAACUGUGUGCAAUGGCCGAGAAGUGGUGGAUUCAACAACAUCUUCUUUAUGAGAAAAGCAGAACAGGAAAUUCAGAAAAAAAUCAUAUACCUUUAACCCUCCUUAUUUAUGAUGUAUAAAUUUCAGUACAAACAAGAUGUGAACACUAGCGUUAUUAAAUACAAAGAAUGUUUUUAAAGUAGCUUUUGUGAACAAGUUUGUGACAUUGUAAUUUAUGUAAAUAAAGUGUCUUUUUUACAGAAAAUAAAAUAGCUGUUGGUUUGGUAUUA